CUUGUUUUGCCGAGUCACAGUGUAAGGGUGCGCAUGGCCGGCUGACGAGUGCGGAUCUACUUUCAACCUUUGUCCUUUGAUGACGAGGCACUAUCUGUGCACUCACCCGUGUUGCACACGCAGCACCCGAGUGACUUUCGAUAGACUAGCAAUCUACCCGAGGCCUACCUGACGGCUGAUUACCAAGCUACGCCGCUCAUUGAUCCUGAAGAUAUAUAUAUAUACUGUACAGACCGGGUACACACCGGGUCCUCCUGGCGAAAGUGCAGGCGGCAAAGAGUACAGCACACCUAUGAUGGUCAUCGCCUCAUUAACGAUGUUGGCAUCAUCAAGUGUUUGAGAAACCUAACACUGAGUGAGCAGACGAGUACUUAUGUCACUUGAACUCUCGUCUCUACCCUCGCCCUCGCUACUCGCUGUUGUCGUCGGCCCGGAGAACUCUUCACUGUUGAAGGUGAAUUAGAAAUGGCAGACGACAGCUUCAGUCAGUUCUGUGGGAACAGCUCCAUUUUCGACACAAGUCUGUUGCUGGACAGCGACUGGCCGGCCUUCACCCCGUGCUUCCAGAACUCACUGCUGGUGUGGGUGCCAUGCGGGUGGCUGUGGCUGCUCCUCCCUGCUUACCUCCCCUACCUGCUCCGCCUGCACGACGGCGUCAGGAUACAGGUGAACGUCCUCAACACACUCAAGACGCUGCUGUGCCUGCUGCUGGCCAUACUGGUGGGGGUGGAGAUGCUACGAGCCGGAGACGAGGAAGUGGACGACGGAAGGAAGGUGGCGACAGUCAUCUACGUGUCCGGAGGUCUCAAAAUGGCGACUUUCCUGCUGGCGGGGGCCUGGUGCAGGUGGAGAGAGUGAAGGGUGUUGUAACCUCGGGGGUGCUGUGGCUGUUCUGGUUUUUCCUGACCAUCGCAGGUAUCGUCCCCUUCUACACCAAGAUACACCAAGAGGAAUACAACUCGUCGCUGUUCAUGUUCGCUCUCUACUACAUCUACUUCGCUCUGGUCCUCACACAACUGGUUCUCCACAGCUUUGCCGAUAGACUCGGUCGUCAUGGUUACCAGUUCCUGGGACAGAAACCAUCUCCUGAGGUCCUCGCGUCGUUUCCAAGCCGCCUGGUGUUUUGGUGGAUCAACAGUCUGGUUGUUCGCGCGUACCGCCAUGGCCUGACGCAGGAUGACCUCUUUGACCUCCACCCACGUGACCAGUCAGCGCGCGUCGUACCUGAGUUCCAAGCGGCCUGGGAGCGCGAGCUACAGCGUGCAGACAAGCGAAACAGGGAGCGGACACUGCGCGCAGCGCGCGAGGACGUGUACGUCUGGUAUCGCCAUGGUGACAAGGUGUCGCACCACGCACAGCAGCACGAGCCCACGGAGACGACGUCACUGCUGGCCUCCACUGACGUCAGCAUUGGAAACGGCGCAGUCAAGGGCGGUAAGCCAGACAAGAAGAGCAAGAUGGUGGAGGCCUCCCUGUUCCGCGUGCUGGUCAAGACUUACGGCCUUGAAUUUAUCAAGUCCUUCGUCUGCAAACUCAUCUACGACCUCCUCCAGUUUGUUGGACCGAUGCUGCUCGACGUCCUCAUCGCCUACACCAACCACAAGGACAGCGAGGCGCAGUGGAAGGGCUACGUGUACGCAUGCGCCAUGUUCGUGGUGGCAGUGGCGGCCUCUGUCUUCUUCCACCAGCAGUUCCACAUCAGCAUGACGCUGGGCAUGAGAAUCAAGUCCGCUCUCAUCUCCGCCCUCUACAGGAAGGCGCUGACCCUGAGUAACGAGGCGAGGAAGGGGUCGACUGUGGGCGAGAUCGUCAACCUGAUGUCUGUAGACACCCAGCGGCUACAGGACGUGGCUGGCUACCUGUGGUCCAUCUGGUCCUCGCCGCUGCAGAUCGCCCUGGCGCUGGCGCUGCUGUGGGGUCAGCUGGGGGUCUCGGUGCUGGCCGGCCUGGCCAUCAUGGUGCUGCUCAUCCCUGUCAACGCCGUGGUGGCCACCAAGACCCGCAAGUACCAGAUGCAGCAGAUGAAGCUGAAGGACGCGCGCCUCAAACUCAUGAACGAAGUGCUGUCCGGCAUUAAGGUGCUCAAGUUGUACGCGUGGGAGAAAUCUUUUGAGGAAAAGGUGUCUGACAUCAGAAACAAAGAGUUGCAGGUGUUGCGGAAGUCGGCAUACCUCAACGCCUUCUCCACCUUCGUGUGGACGUGUGCACCUUUCUUGGUGACCCUGGCGACCUUUGCCACGUACGUGCUGGCGUCUGAAGACCAUUACCUUGACGCUCAGAAAGCCUUCGUGUCGCUGUCUCUGUUCAACAUCCUGCGCUUUCCUAUCAACCUGCUGCCCAUGAUCAUCACCUACAUCGCCCAGGCCCAGGUGUCUGUGUCUCGCAUUGGAGCGUUCCUGAGGAACUCUGAUCUGAACAGCUCCAACGUCCACUACGACAGCAGUGCAGAGGAAGCUGUGCUCAUCGACAAGGGGACGUUCACCUGGGACACACAGCUGCCCACACCCACUCUCAGAAACAUCAACCUCAAGAUUCAGCGCGGCCAGCUGGUGGCAGUGGUGGGCCAGGUAGGCGCAGGUAAAUCCUCACUGGUGUCCGCCAUGCUGGGCGAGCUGGAGAAGCUGUCUGGUCACGUGGUUGUACAGAGCAGCGUGGCGUACGUGGCGCAGCAGGCGUGGAUCCAAAACGUCACACUACGUGACAACGUUCUCUUUGGCUCGCCCUACCACCAGCGCCAGUACGACAAGGUGCUCGACGCAUGCGCACUCAGACCUGACCUUGACAUUCUACCUGGAGGCGACAUGACAGAGAUCGGUGAAAAGGGCAUCAACCUGAGCGGAGGUCAGAAGCAGCGGGUCAGCCUGGCGCGUGCUGUGUACAGUGACGCCGACAUCUACCUGUUGGACGAUCCGCUCAGCGCCGUGGACUCGCACGUGGGCAAACACAUCUUCCAGCAGGUCAUCGGCAGCAAGGGGCUGCUGCACAAGAAGACUCGCGUGCUGGUGACGCACGGCGUGCACUGGCUGCCUAUGUGUGACGUCAUAGUGGUGAUGACUGACGGGAGGAUCUCGGAGAUGGGUUCUUACGAUGAGCUGCUGAGCCACGGCGGCGACUUUGCGCAGUUCCUCAAGACCUUCUUCACCCAGAACCCCGACAGCGACGACGACGACCCCGAAAUCCAGGCCAUCAAAGCCAAGAUUCUGGAGAGAGUGGACUCCGUGACCUCUGACACCGCUGCGACCUCAGGCGACGAGCAGGUCUCCAAACGUCACACUGCGUCACGACAGACAAGCGCAGCGCCAUCAGAGAAGAAAGACAAGACCGAUAACCCAAAGGACAAGGAGAAGCCAGCUGCUGCCAAAGAUAAGCUGAUAGAAGAAGAAAAAUCGGAAAAAGGAAAGGUGAAGAUGGCGGUGUUCAUGAACUAUUUCCGGGCCAUCGGUCUGGGAGUGUCGGCGUUGGUGCUGCUGCUGUUCGCCGUGUACCAAAGUCUCAGCAUGUACUCCAGCAUCUGGCUGUCUGACUGGACGGAUGACGCGCUGCUGGCCAACAGCAGUCUACGCAACACCAGCCAGUACCAGGACCGCAACUACCUCUACCUGGGUGUCUACGGGGCGCUGGGGGUCGGCCAGGCCAUCGCGGUGCUGGCCUACUCGGUGCUGGCCUCCGUGUCCAUGGUAACGGCGGCCGGAAACCUCCACUCGCGCAUGCUCUCUAACGUCCUGCGCGCUCCCAUGAUGUUUUUUGACACCACGCCGUCCGGCCGCAUCGUCAACCGCUUCUCCAGUGACGUGGCGGUGGUGGACAACACUCUGCCCGCCACGCUGCGGAUGGUGAUGCUGCAGGUGUUCGGCGUCAUCGGCACGUUGAUCAUCAUCAGCUACAGCACCCCCAUCUUCCUCUCCGUCGUCGUGCCCCUAGGCCUCCUCUACUACCUCGUGCAGCGCUUCUACAUCCCCACGUCUCGCGAGCUCAAGAGAAUCGAGUCGACCACGCUCCCCAUCUUCAACCACUUCAGCGAGACCAUCACGGGCGCCGCCUCCAUCCGCGCCUACAAGUGUCAGCAGCGAUUCAUCGACGACAACGCCAGCAAAGUCGACACCAACCUCGUCUUCUACUUUGCGGGAAUCGCCUCCAACAGGUGGCUGGGCUUCCGCCUGGAGUUCCUAGGGAACCUGGUGAUACUGGCAGCCGCCAUGUUUGCUGUAGGGACCCCGGACCUUCAUGGCGGACUGGUGGGGCUGUCCGUGUCGUACGCCAUGCAGGUGACGCAGGGACUCAACUGGAUGGUCAGGAUGGUCAGUGACCUCGAAACCAAUGUCGUGUCUGUCGAGCGCCUUAAGGAGUACUCGGAGUCCGCCACAGAGGCUGACUGGGUGCUGCCCGGCAGACGACCACCACGUGGAUGGCCGGAGCAAGGGUCCGUGAACUUUGUUGGUUAUUCCACCCGUUAUCGACCUGGCCUUGACCUCGUACUCAAAGACCUCAGCAUCGAUAUUCAAGGUGGCCAAAAGGUGGGAAUCGUAGGGCGGACAGGCGCCGGCAAGUCGUCCAUGACGGUGGCGCUGUUCCGCCUGAUUGAAGCCGCGAGCGGUAGCAUCGUCAUCGACGGGCAGGUCAUCGGUCACAUGGGGCUGCAUGACCUGCGCUCACGACUCACCAUCCUGCCUCAGGACCCAGUGUUGUUCUCGGGAUCUCUACGCAUGAACCUUGACCCGUUUGACGAGUACUCAGACGUGCAGCUGUGGCAGGUGCUAGAGCACGCUCACCUCAAGAAGUUUGUGUCCGAGAUCGAGGCUGGAUUACUGUACGAGUGUGGAGAGGGGGGCAGCAACCUCAGCGUGGGCCAGCGGCAGUUGGUGUGCCUGGCGCGCUCUCUGCUGCGGAAGACGAAGAUCCUGGUGCUGGACGAGGCCACAGCAGCGGUGGACAUGGAGACGGACCACCUCAUCCAGCGGACCAUCCGGACCGAGUUCCGCGACUGCACGGUGCUCACCAUCGCACACCGCCUCAACACCAUCAUGGACUACGACAGGAUCCUUGUGAUGGACCAGGGUGUCGUCAAGGAGUACGACUCGCCCAGCGUCUUGCUGCAGAACAAGAACAGCAUCUUCUACAGCAUGGCGCGCGACGCCAACCUCGUGUGAGGCCGGUGAUGGCGGACACGAUGACAAGUGUAAUAACAACCAAGGCAACAGUCAGCAAUGGCCUUCACAGGGACUUCUACCCGGUGCUACAUCACGAACAGCGAGGCUAUGACACAAUGUCGGGUCAGCGGAGGUCAAAGGGAACGCGACCAUCGGAUGCUGGAGGUGGGAUUCUCGUGGGUCAAGGAUGCCCACAACAAACAGAGAGCUCUCCUGUGGAGGUGGCCUUAUGUACUCACCUUACAGUGGCCCACAUGCUGGACUGGAAUCUUUGACCGUUUAUUACAGACACUGUCAUUGGUCAGCAGGAUGUGGCCCUUGUCGUGGAAUGUAGACACUGAGUUGGUCACAUGAUGUUUACAACACAGAGCGCCAGCAUUGAUCCAUUAUUAGUAAUCAGUAUCAGUAAUUACCAGGACUGACUUUAAGACAAAUAACUAAUCACUCAUAGCCUUGAACAAAUCACCGGAGUGGGUCGAGAUGAUGGACAGGUGUGCAAGCGGACUAAGAACAGCUGGCAGUUGACAGUUUGAAGGAAGUGUGAGAGUUGCUAUGUAUUGUCAGUUAUUGUCAGUGUGCGGUGACAGUCAACACACAGUUUGGGAGGGAUGGCGGUGUUCCUGUUUGUGGUCACUGUCACUAUGUCCACCUGCCACACUUCACAGAGAUUUGAACAAAGGUCAGCGAGGUCACCCUCACCUGUGUGUACGUGCGCGUGUGCGAGCGAGAUUUUGUUGUGAGAAAAAUACCCACAAACAGAAUACCCUGGAUGUAAAUAUUUAUGAGAACUGUCAGUGUUAGUUCACGACCAAAGUGGUCUUGUCCUUCAGCCAUGUGUGUGUUGCUCGUCAUUUGUUAUCCGCGACAUGUGCUUUCCUUAGUGUGUGGAGUGUUUACUGACUUGACUUGUUUAUUAACUGUUUACUAUUGUGUUUACUGACUUGACUUGUUUAUACUCCUUGUGUUUACUAACUUGACUUAUUUAUACUCCCUGUGUUUACUGACUUGACUUGUUUAUACUCCUUGUGUUUACUAACUUGACUUGUUUAUACUCCCUGUGUUUACUGACUUGACUUGUUUAUUAACUGUUUACUAUUGUGUUUACUAACUUGACUUGUUUAGACUCCCUGUGUUUACUAACUUGACUUGUUUAUACUCCCUGUAAUCAUUGAGUGAGUGAGUGACUGACAGACUCAUAUAUGAACAAGCCGAAAAAAUCACAGACAUUGAAAUAUCUUUUGUUUCAUUAUGAAUUAUAAUUGUUAGCGUGUUCUGCUAAUUUUUGUUUUAAAUAAAAACUUUCCAAGUGCAAAAUGAUGACAAAAAAUGGUGUAGGUCUUAUAAACUCAACCACAGGGACAUUUCUUCUUGUUAAAAUGACUGCAAGAUGUGUUAUUUGAGAAGUCAUUAGUAACUGUUAGCGAUUAUAAAAUGAAGAAAGAAUUCAACUCUCGUGUCUUUGUCACCAACAGUUUCUUGUUUGAAGACAGAAAACUAUUUUCUUUAUCUUCGUCCGAGUUCUCUCCACCAGAUCCUUUAAAUAAAAACUUUCAAAUUCAGAAUCAGACAUGUUUGACUGCAUGGGAAAUGGAAAUGAGAGAGUUGCUCACAACCAACAUGUUUGAGUUGUGAAAGACAGUAAACAUCGCGGUCCUUUGUAUCCUCCUCCUCCUCCUCUUUGUUUUACACUCACAUUAUUUUGUAAAUGUUACUCGAGUACAAUUACCUCAAUUUUAAUCACUUGAAGGACUGAUUAAAUAUAAAAUAAAUGUUAACUUAAAGUUUAAACUAAACUGUGUUAUUCCAUGUUGUAUGCUGGAAGUCCAGGGCGCUGUGUAGUGAGAGUUUGUGCAAUCAGCUGAUGGACAGUUUAGUUUCCGGACCCUUUGUCACACGACCUGAAGACUCGAACCCAGAACAGAUUGUUUCACAUCCCAAAGUGUGAAUGAAACGGUUAUACGAUGUGUUGAAUGUGUUACUAAAGUGUGUUGAAUGCCUUGUGUUUGCUGGUGUGUGUUUGUGUGAUGUCUGUGCUGCUUGUAUCCUCGCCAGCAUCUUUGUGUCAUCUUGUCGGGGCCAACGGCUGACCAAAACCAACCCUUGAAUAUUUAGAAUAAAGACUUCAUACCCGAUACAUGCUAUUUGUUCAUUAAGAACUGUCAUUAAUUUAACAAGUAGAUGUGAAGGCUUCUACCAAUCAGCUUAAUUGCAAGGAGGGACAUGUGCCCCCUGAAAUAAAAUAUAUGUACA